CGCCUUCCCUUUGGUCAGGCCCCGCCGAGGACGGCUCCUCCCCCGCCGCCGCCUGCCCUCCCCCCCGACCCCCGCCCCUCCCCGGCGGCGCCGCGGUGCUACACCGGGUAGGUUUCCAGUCACUAUGGCGGCCGCUGCGCUGAAGGUCGGAGGAAAGUUUUCGUGGCCGGUGGCUGCCUGAGAGGGAGAGCUACCGAGCGGGCGGCGUCCGGGCCGGGCCUCCAGGCCUCUCCCGCCGCGGCAGGGCCAGCGGAGCGCCGCUCGGCGGGGGCCCCCCAUGCGCAGCCACCUGCGGCGGCGCUGAGCGGAGCGGAGCGGGGCGGACGCCGCCUCUCGCGGGCCGCCGCUCCCCGCGCCCCGGGGGGCUCCUGGCCGAGACUUCCUGGAGCGGCCCCCGCGCCGCCGCCGCCCGCCCGCCGCGAGGAGACCCGCCGCCGCCGCCGGGAGACGCUUCCCCCGCUCCCGCCAGCCGGAGCCGUCGCAGGCAGCGCCGGGAAGCGACCUGUCAGCCUCCCUCGCGGGCGGUCCCCGAAGGACCCUUCCCACGCCCGCGCCGGUCCCCGCGAGGAGAGUCGGAGCCCUCUCCUCAUGCCUUAUCAAGUUCCUUAUCUGAGCGGCUGCCCGAAGCUGUAGACCAAUUCAGCUUUUUCUGGCGUAGGGGAGGAAAAACGGCGUAGCUCUCCUGCGCUCGCGGCCCCAUCCCCAGUCGAGGACCACCUCUGUGGCUUCGUUUUAAAAUGCGAAGAUGAUGAAGUGUGGAUCGCUGUGUGAGACAACUAGAGCCUUGUUGUGGAGUGAGGGCUUCGUAUUCACCUUCCAACUCCUGACCUGUGCGCUCUGAGGGAGGACGCUAAUCCUUCUCCCCGUUCCCCCUUCCCUAAACCUUUCCUUGCUUCCAUGUUGCAUAGGUCAGAAUUUUGGUCAGUGUUGUUUACGGAAGGGGGAAAAAAAGAAGGCAAUUGAGAUCCCAAACAAAAGUAUUUGUAUGACUCAUCUAGUUGGAUUUAAGACAUUCUGUCCUUCUUUCAAGGAGCCUUUGCUUCUCUUUGAAGGCAUCAGAUGCUUGUUCCUAUUCUUCCAGAGGAGGAUGGAUUGAAAGUUGUAGGUUUUAGACUUUUUCUGGGCCACUGGUAGUAUUAAGAGACAUAAUGGGGCUUUUUCACUGGAUUAUUGCCAGAAUUAGUUUACACACUGAAACAAUGAGUUGUUAGGCCUCUCCUGUAUGAUAAUGUUUGUCCUGCUUUAAUGUAAAGUUGCUGUGGAGGUUUGGGUUAAAAAUUGUGGAGGACAGUCUGCAUCAGAAGAGGUUCUCUUCAUCUCUGGUUGGUGCGGCAACCCCAAUCUGUCCUCGAUGCCUUCAGCCUUGGCCAUCUUCACUUGCCGCCCGAACUCUCAUCCGUUUCAGGAGCGUCAUGUCUACCUGGACGAGCCUGUCAAGAUUGGCCGCUCAGUGGCUCGCUGCCGGCCAGCUCAGAAUAAUGCAACUUUUGACUGUAAGGUGCUGUCCAGGAACCAUGCUCUUGUCUGGUUUGACCACAAGACAGGCAAGUUCUAUCUUCAAGACACUAAAAGUAGUAAUGGUACCUUUAUUAAUAGUCAGAGACUGAGUAGAGGAUCUGAGGAAAGCCCACCAUGUGAGAUUAUGUCAGGUGACAUCAUCCAGUUUGGCGUCGAUGUGACGGAGAACACGCGGAAAGUUACCCAUGGAUGUAUAGUCUCCACAAUCAAAUUAUUUCUUCCAGAUGGAAUGGAAGCUCGAUUGCGAUCAGAUGUUAUCCAUGCUCCAUUACCAAGUCCUGUUGACAAGGUUGCUGCUAACACUCCCAGUAUGUAUUCUCAGGAAUUGUUUCAGCUUUCACAGUAUCUACAGGAAGCCUUACAUCGGGAACAAAUGUUGGAACAGAAGCUGGCAACCCUUCAGCGACUACUUGCUGUCACGCAAGAGGCUUCAGAUACUAGUUGGCAGGCUUUAAUAGAUGAAGACAGGCUGCUAUCAAGAUUAGAGGUUAUGGGAAAUCAAUUACAAGCAUGUUCAAAAAAUCAAACGGAAGACAGUAUACGAAAGGAGCUUAUAGCAUUACAAGAAGACAAACACAACUAUGAGACAACAGCCAAAGAGUCCCUGAGGCGGGUCCUACAGGAGAAAAUUGAAGUGGUCAGAAAACUGUCUGAAGUGGAGCGGAGUUUAAGUAAUACAGAAGAUGAAUGUACUCACCUGAAAGAAAUGAAUGAGCGGACUCAGGAAGAAUUAAGAGAAUUAGCUAAUAAAUACAAUGGAGCUGUAAAUGAAAUUAAAGAUCUUUCUGACAAACUAAAGGUAGCAGAAGGAAGACAAGAGGAAAUCCAACAGAAAGGACUGGCUGAGAAAAAAGAACUGCAGCAUAAAAUAGAUGAAAUGGAAGAGAGAGAACAAGAGCUUCAAGCAAAAAUAGAAGCUUUGCAAGCUGACAAUGACUUCACCAAUGAACGGCUAACUGCUUUACAAGUACGGUUAGAACAUCUUCAAGAGAAAACUCUUAAAGAACACAACAGUUUAGGCAUACAAGUUGACGACUUCAUACCUAAAAUUAAUGGGAGCACAGAAAAAGACAAGAUCAUAGACGAGGGACAUCUAACCAAAGUGGAAGAAAGAAAGCUUUUGAAAGAGAAUCAGGCAAAAGCGAAAGAAUCAGAUUUGUCAGACACUCUUAGUCCAAGCAAGGAAAAAAGCAGUGACGACACUACAGAUGCCCAAAUGGAUGACCAAGAACUAAAUGAACCAAUUGUUAAAGUAGCUCUUCUGAAAGAUGAAUUGCAGGGUGCACAAUCAGAAACUGAGGCUAAACAAGAAAUUCAGCAACUGCACAAGGAGCUGGUUGAAGCCCAAGAGCUAGCUAGAACAAGUAAACAAAAAUGCUUUGAACUUCAAGCACUAUUGGAAGAAGAGAGAAAAGCAUAUCGAAUGCAAGUUGAAGAGUCCAGCAAGCAAAUAAAUGUUCUGCAAGCUCAGCUGCGAAGGUUACAAGAAGAUAUUGAGAAUCUUCGUGAGGAAAAGGAGAAUGAAAUUUCAAGCACUCGAAAUCAAUUAAUUGAUGCUCAAAAUGAGAUUGUGCUUCUUCAACAAGCAGCGGAAAAGACAGCAUCAGAACGAGAUACUGAUAUUUCUGCUUUGCAAGAGGAGCUGCAGAAAGUGCGAGCGGAACUUGAGCGGUGGCGGAAAGAUGCUUCAGAUUAUGAAAAAGAAAUUGUCAGUCUGCAAGCCAGUUUUCAGCUCAGAUGCCAGCAGUGUGAGGAUCAGCAGAAGGAAGAAGCUACUCGUUUAAAAGGUGAACUUGAAAAGUUGAAGGAGGAGUGGAGCGCUCUGGAAGCAGAGUGUGUUACACUAAAGAAGGAAAAUACUUUGCUUGCAUCUGAACUUCAGCGACAAGAGAAGGAGCUUUCUAGCUCUCAGAAACAGAGUUUAGCGCUGACCAGCGAUAUAAGUGUUCUUGAAAUGUCUCGAAAAGAACUUGAAAAUCAGAUGGGAUCUUUGAGAGAAAAACAUCAGCGGGAUGCAGCUAGUCUAAAAAGCCAACUCAGUGAAGCUGAAAAUCAAGCAAAGGAUGUUCAGAAAGAGUAUGAAAGGACACAGACUGUGCUCUCAGAGCUGAAGGCGAAGUUUGAGAUGGCUGAACAAGAAAAGCAGUCAAUCACAGAUGAGCUCAAACAGUGUAAAGAAAACCUGAAGCUGCUACAAGAAAAAGGAAAUAACCCAUGUAUUCAGGAACUGGAAGAUGAUACUCUCUUGGAACCUGCUUCCUGCUUAGGAUUCUUCUGCAAUAGUAAUAGCCCAGAUAAUAUUGACUUGCAAAAGUAGGAAGAAGCUUUAAUUAAAAAAAAAAUGCUAUAAUAGAAGAGAUCACACUGAAAAAAUGCAUGUGAAUAUGAGAUUCUCUGCUCUGUUAAAAUAUUAAUCUCGGGAUUAGGAUGAUGAGUGAAAAGGGGGGAUAGUAGCAGGAAGAAAUGAAUGGAGUUGGAGCACCUGAUGAAAGUGAAGCUUGCAAGGAUGUAAGGGGAUCCUUAGUAAGAAUUUGAGGUGAGUAUUCAAACAAAAUAAGGAACCAUAACAAUUGCCAAAAUCAGCUUACAGAGAAAGGAGCUAGUUGCAACAAUUGGGAAGCCUGGGGUUCAGGAUAUGAUGAAAAGCAUCCAACUAUAUAAAGAAUUAUAGGACAAGCUUGCUAUUAAAGCAAGUGUUAGUUGCAAUCAGUAAUGUAAAAUAUAUUUAUCUUGUGGAUUAUUGUAAAAAUCAUAGAUGUUGGGCUGAGUUCCAAGGUCAAAUUUUUCAAGUGUCAUUGUCCCCCUAUGCUGGAAUCAUUAUCUGUUACUUGAUUUCUGAGGACAGUGUCCCAUAGGAAGUCAGUCCCCACUGUGGGAUUUGUUCCUUUCUGGGGCCUGCCUGAGUUUGCGUAUCUUUAUGUCCUUGUAGGAUAUCCUUAUAUCCUUAAAGGACACAUGUUUUUGAAGAACCUCAUUAACUGCUUCUCAGCUGGGAGGAGAUUUGUUAUAUAUUGAUAAAUUCAUGAGGGAGGAAUUUUAAUUGUUUGGAGGCAAUUUCAUUUAAUGCAGUGGAUAUUUAUAAUUUGUUUCAUUUGCCAAGAUGCCACAGGCUUGAAUGUGUAUAAUUAAAAAAAAAAAAAAAAAUCUGUAUGAUUGUUCUGUGAAUUAAUAAACGCUAGAAAAGAGAGGGCUUCUUUGCUCCAUUUGGAAUAUCAUUUUAAAUAUUCACAAGUUUUUAUACUUUUCCUUUUGGGAGGAUAAAGUUUUACUUUCAAAAAAGCAGUGUUGUGUCCUAAAACUCUUAGCAGUAUGGUGUACUACUUGUGCUUGCAUGUUUGUAGUCAGUGGUUAUUUCCUGACACUGUAUAUGAUGGAUUUGUUUGUGAAUGGUUUGAGAACGUUAGCUGCUCUGAUUGACCUAAACUUUUGGCACUUUUUUGAACACCGCUGAUUGUUUCUAUCAACAUGCUUUCUGUGGGAAGAUGGCACUCUAAUUUGUAGCACCAAUGACAAAAAAUACUGCAUGAAAAUGACUUGGUUGCACAUGAUUUGUCUAUUAAAUAUAUAUGCCUUGAUUAAAAUAAAUUUGAAUUAUUAUAAAGUCAAGAAUUGAAUGGCAGAGAUCAGAAUAUUCUAAGCUUCCUGUAUUUUGAACCAUAUUUGAGGUUCUGUGAUUAAAUGACUUCUACAAAUUCAUAACAAUGAAAUUUGAUUUAUGAAUUGCAAAAUAAUGCUUAAAGUCUUCAAACAUAAACUUAGUAUUUGUUUAGUUGACUGUACAAAAUCAAAGUGGCUUCAGCACAAAAAAAGUUCUAAAAAAACAAAAACCAAAACCACCCAACUAGCAUGGUUUGAACUUAACCUCUGUGUGUCUGUGUGUGUGUGCACAACUAUAUCAGCUAAGAUGCAGAGAAAGCAGAUGUUUUCCAAGGGCAACUUAGAAACAAAUGAGGUCCCUUUUUGCUUUUAAUUUAUUGUAUUAAGAGUAGAGGUUAUCCAUCCAGAAUGUGAAGUAAUUUACAGUCAGCUGAAAGCAACUGAGAAAACGUGUAACGGUUCUCACGAGGCCGUAAGCUAAAUGAGCUGCAAUCUUGCUAGCUGGUAGUUUGGCCCAGCUACAGCAUUUAACUGACUUUUAGACCUGCACUUUGUCACAAGGCUGACCUGCUGGAGAUGCUGAUUUUUGUGGUGUCUCUAAUACGAAUAUACUUCCCUGCUUUACAAUAGUUUAGUGUUGAUUGUACAGUCAUUUCAUAAUCACACAGAAAUGUGUGAUGUACUGGAUUUGCCUGCUGCCAUAGUUGUUAAUUCAUUAAUUGAGGGAAAAGAUUGUUUUUUUUCCUGGAGGCUGGUGAUGGAAAAUGGGAAAAGGCUAAAUUGCAUAGAAUGAAGAAGCGGAUAAAAAAUUCGAUACCUGGUAUGAGUUUUACUGCCUUAAGAGAAAUCCAGAUGGGAUUUCCUGUCACUUGCAUAGAAAACUAAAAGCAAUAUAUAAAUAAGAUACAGGCAAAUCAAUUUAAGCCUCAUAUUGCUCUUAAGUGCUAAAUUCCAAGUUGUGACAAGAGGUUUCUUUGAGUAUUUUCUGCUUACUUCCCUUUAUUUUUGAACAUCCCUGUUCAUUUGACUAGAAUGGUGUACUAACUUUGUAUACCAGAGUAGAUCAUGCUGUAUUGUGUUAGAUGUCUUUAAUACAUUUCAAUUAAAACAAAACUCACUCUGACUUAUUUUCCCCUCUCUAAAUCAUCUUUACGUGAUUGAUUUAUAGCACAAAGUGAUUUUUAAUAUCCCUUCCCUUCUUUAGCCUUCCAUAUUACAACCCGUCCCAGCCGUAUUCAUCGGCCUAAUCCUGGCUUUCCUGUAUUGGUGUUACGGCCCAUUGUGGUAGCGAAAG